AUGGCAACAAUUGAUUUGAGUGUUCUUUUCAUCGGACUUCAAGUCAUGGCAGCUCUCAACGUCCUUAACGAUUACAUGGAACUCAUCGACAAGAAGACGAAAGAUAAGGAUGAAGAAAAGGCUGAAGACAGACGCGAUUUCUUGAAAGUUAUUAUUUUGCGUCACAACGAAAUGAUCAGGAAUGUUUGCUUGUUUAACGAAGCCAUUGAAAAAGUGUCAUUUGUGGAAUUCUCAACUGGCAUUUUGCUACUGAUAUUCGGUUUUGCCUUCACUCGACAGAAAAACGAUAAUAUUCCAGCAUAUAUUCUGUGCUUCACUGUGCUCAUGAAAAUAUUUAUGCUCUGUUUCUUCAGUGAAAUCAUCAAAACGAAAAUUGAGAGACUUUCGGAGACUCUCUAUCAAACUUAUUGGUACGAAUUGAGCCUGAAGGACCAGAAAACGUUCCUUCUGAUCCUCGCGAUGUCGCAAAGAGAGCACAAUUUGAGGGCCGCUGGAAUGUACGACGUUAACUUGAAUGCCUUCGUUCAGAUCGUCAAGUUGGCUUGCUCUUAUUGCGCCAUUCUUUACAUAUUUCUGAACGAAUAA